AUGACUAGAAACAUUAUUUCCCUGAUUCUGUUCCUGCGCUGGAGCCAAGGAACUUUGGGUGGGGAUGAUGUUGUUCAAGAGCCUAAAAUUCUUUGGAAACCAAAGGCGAGUUCUGCUGAUAUGAACUGCUCACACAAGAAGGGCAUUUCAUACUACCAGAUGUACUGGUACCGCCAGCGUCCCGGAGAGACUAUGAGGCUUAUAGUAUUCACCGUCGCUAACUCAAAGCCAGAAUUUGGAGAUGUUGAUGAGAAUAAAUUUGAAGCUCAUAAAAGUGAUGCUGAAAGUGGAUCUCUCACAGUGAAAGAUCUAGAGCCGGAAGACGGUGCCAUAUAUUUCUGUUCACAGAAACACUUGAUGAAACCAAUGAUGAACACUUUACUUAGUGUAUCUGUAUCUCUAUUGAUGUUGACAGCUGCAUGUCUUGGUAAAACUGUGGAUCAGACGCCAGAUAACCUCAUCAAGAAUCAAGAUGAAUCUGCUGUGAUCAUAUGUGCUCACGAUAUACCGAGCUACAACCAAAUCCUGUGGUACAAACAAAGUCAGGACACGUCGGGACUCAAGUUAAUGGGAUACCUUUAUUUUAAGGAUGAGACUAAAGAGUCUGAAUUCACAAACAAGAUCAAAUUGGAAGGAGAUGCACAAAAAAAAGGCAAUUUGUCUAUCAACAGCCUCAGACUGAAUGACAGCGCAGUGUAUUUCUGUGCAGCAUAUUACACAGUGUUCACAAUCACCUCUGACUCAUACAAAAACCUCCUCUUUUAAACCUCCUGUUUCUGUGGCAAGAGUUUUUAUUCACGUUCCUCUUCACACCUGUGGAUUCUGAUUCAGUGCCAGACUAAACACAAUACCUGUAAGUCUAGUCUUACUUAAAGGUGCUCUAAGUGAUGUCACACG